AUGCAGGCAGAUCUCCUGAGUACAGUUCCCCUCUGCAGCACUGUGAUCUGUAAUAUGAGUGUUGGCCCAAUCAAUAACAUGGAUUUCCUCACUUUGUUUGCCGUCUACGUGGCUGUGGUUCUGACAUGUAUAGUCCUUGUUUGCAAGUAUUCAGGACAGCAGCAGUCUCCUCUCACCAUCCUCUUCGACUGUCUCGCAAAGAUAUUUGGACCAAUUACACCAAAAUGGCUCCAAAGGUUUUCUCAGGGAACUAUGCACAAACUGUUUCACCAAAGAAGCAACAUGUUCAUCUACAUUCACAUUCUGCUGGAGGUAGUAGUUUAUGCAGAGUUUACUUAUGAAGUGUUUGGAUACUGUCAGGACAUGGACACUACAUUACUCAGUUUGUCAGUGCCUUACAUCCUUCUAGCUGUAAAGACAUUAUUUUUCUUUCUCUGCAUCAAAAGAGAUCCAGGCACAGUGACUAAAAAGAGAAUUCCUAGCCAACUUCAAGUCUACCCAUAUGACGGACGGCUGUUUCACCCUGGAGUCUCCUGUCCAACUUGUCAACUUGUCAAACCUGCUCGCUCUAAACACUGCAGGGUCUGUAACAGAUGUGUUCAACGGUUUGACCACCACUGUGUCUGGGUGAACAACUGCAUUGGUUCUCAGAACACUCGUUACUUCCUGCUCUAUCUCUUCAGUCUGACUGCUAUGGCUGCUACGUGGAUGAGAAUGGCCAGCAGCAGCCAGCAGGACCUCUGUUUGUUGUGCAGCAUCUUUUUCUGA